UCGUCUUCUACUUCCAUCUUCUCAGCUUUUUUUCUUGCUUAAGGCGGCAUUGCUCGCGCCCACAUUUAUCUAUAUCUCUUGUUUCGACCAGCGACCCCUUCCCCUCUCCUACCUUCUUGAAUACCUGCCUAAUGACCUCUCAAAAGAAGGUUUUCCAGCCCUAUGUCGACGACCGCUCCAUGAACGUGAAUGCUGUCAAGAUUGUGAACCUCCCGAAUCAUGUUAACCGCCGUGAAAUCAUUGCCUUGUUCAACAAGCUCAUCGGCGAUGUUCGAAGUACCUCGGAGUUUCGCGACGCUAUUGGUACGCAUAUGGAAAUCGUUUUUUCGUCUCGAGACGCAGCCAAGAAAGCUUUAUGCAUGUCUGGAUAUACCAUCGGUGGUUGUUCAUUAGUUGUGACGCCCGUAGAAAGUGUCGAAGAUCGCGUACCAAAGCGACCUGAUGAACGUCGAAAUCUUUACGUUCUAGGAAUCCCAUUCGAUCUGACUAAGAACGAGUUUGCUGCCGUAUUUUCUCGUUACGGGACGGUUACUCAUUGCGUUGUCCUUGCCACGGUGGAUAAUGUGUCGCGCCGCAGAGGGUUCGUGGUUAUGUCCACUCAUGAAGAGGCGAAGCGUGCAAUGAUGGCAUUGACGCGUACUCAAAUCAAGGGCCACACCAUUGACAUAUCAUGGUCGAUUGUUCAACGCUCACAAGGCUUUCUUGAUGGUGGCGAUCGCACCAAUGUAUUCGACCCCUACGGCAAUUUCUCCUCUGACAACCCUCAAGACGAUACGUCCAAUCCAAUCUCUCCAGACAUUCAUUCUACGCCAUCGGAAACUUCUUUUACUCUGGUAUUCAUUCCCUCAACCACCCUCUUGGUUACCAACCUUCCUUUCAUUCUAUUCUCUCAAACCUCGGACUUGGAGCCGCUCUUAUGCCCUUUCGGAGAGAUAAAGAAACUCGAAAUGAUUAGUUUGCCCUCUCCACAAGAGACCACUUCUGUCUUGGCGGAAUAUACCGACAUCUCAAGCGCCCAAGAGGCAAAAGAAUCUCUUCAAGGACAGUGCUAUGUCAAUUACAGGAUCAAUGCCGAAUACGCUUCUCUUACUGCUGCGAUGACUCAACUUAACGCUACACCUGGAUUUAAUAUCAAUGACUACGAUGGAAAAUACCAUUGCCGCGACCAUGUUGGCUUUGCCCAACGAGCUUGCUCUACUGCACCGGAUCCCUUUCGUUGUUUCCACAGUGUUCUUGGGGGACAAACUGCGCCUGCUAAGCGACCGCUACAAGACAUCAGUAAUUCUUCCUAUCAUAUUUCUCAAGCCCUUCAAUAUGCGACACCUCACACGAUCCCCACCUUUCCUACCAAAAGGCCGAUCUCACGCACGGGUUCGGCUAGCUCAAAAUGGAGCGUCGAAUCUUCCCGGUGCCCUUCUCGUAAUCAUAACCAGAAUCAGCUUUGUUCACAUUCAAAUCAAUCGCAUCUCAAGUAUGGUCAGACCAAGGGACGUGCGUGUGCGACCCACAAUUAAGUCGCUCGGUUCUGUGGCCGCUGCAUUCUGAUCACCAUCGAUCUUUGCAUUGCUUUCCUCUCAUUUUUCGUCUUCAAGCAUCAUCAACACUGCAACUGCCCUCUUUUGCUCGGCUUUUCCUCUUGCACUUCACUCUUUAUCAUGCCGAGCUUAUGUUUUCUUCCACACUGUUUCUAUACAUCCCUUUCCACGGUCGCUUCCCCUAGAUAGUGUAAGCUUACACUCGGUCAAAGACUUGUCGCUCAAGAAUACAGUGAUCCGCCCACGGAUCCCUCCCAUUCCAUGCAUUUUGUACAGUAGGUCACAGGUUUACAUGCAUAUUAUAA